AUGGGCGACAUACCUCCACCCUCCCCCACCAGUUCAGCAACUCAUCAGCAGCAUGCCCACCUCAGAGCAACCCUCCCCGUCCCCAACCCAACAACAUCCCAUUGGCAGACCCCGGAACACCGCCUCGCCCGCCACCGCACCACGCCCAACCUUCCGACUGAAGCAGACAUAGUCGUCAUCGGCAGCGGAAUCACCGCCGCCUUCUUCGCCCUCCACAUGCUCAUCGCCGACCCCUCUCCAGCGUUUAACAAUAUGGUCGUCCUCGAAGCACGCACCAUGUGUUCUGGCGCUACAGGUCGGAACGGUGGGCAUUUGGUGGUUGAUGGCUCUGCGAGAAAGGAGCGGCGGGAGUGGGAGGAGAGGGUGUGGGAUAUGGUCGCGGAGAUUGCUGUGCGGGGCGGGAGUAGGAUUGAGUGUGAGUGGAGGGAGGUGAGGAACGCUACAGGAUGGUGGGGCUGGGAUCGGGAAGGAUGGGAGGGGGUGAAGAGGCGAGUCAAGCGGGACCGGGAGGUGUAUGGGGAGAAUUACCGGGUGGUGGAGGAUGAAGACGAGCUGAAGGGCCUGGAUCUCAAAGGAUCGAUGGGCGCGGUGGUUAGUGGGUGGGGACGAGCGGCGACGCUGUGUCCUUAUGCGCUUAUGGAGACGCCUGUUGUUGGCAUUGAGCGCGAUGAAGCGGCUGGGGUGAAUGUUGUGAAGACGAAGGAUAGGGGCGAGAUCCGCGCGAAGCACGUUGUAGUGGCGACGAACGGGUAUGUCAGCCAACUACUCGAGCGGUUCACAGGCCUGGUGGUGCCGACGCAGGGGCAGAUGACAGCGUUGAAACCGGUUGAGGAGGGAAGACUGCUCAAGCAUGAUUAUGGGCUUGAAGGUCUAAAGGGCCAGUCAGGCCUUAUCGAGGACUACGCGGUGCAGAGGCCUUGGGAUAAAGUUGGACAGGGUGCGAUCAUGCACGGUGGCGCGAGGCAGUGGGUCAAAGGUGGUGGCGAGGGUGUAUCAGAUGAUAGCUACAAUGUUGAUGAGGCGGUCGAGUGGCUGAGGGACUUGCCGCAGAGGAUCGAUGUGGGAACUCACGCGUCUCAGCUCGAGUUGCUGAAGGCGUGGACGGGCGUUAUGGGAUAUUCGAGGGAUGGGGCGCCCUGGGUGGGUGCGAUGCCGGGCAUGGAAGGGGUCUGGGUAUCUGCUGGGUAUACAGGUCAUGGUAUGACGAAUGCGCCAGGAUGUGGAAGGCAUCUGGGCAUAUUGGUCUCUGCUGCCUUGAGAGGGCAGGAUUGGAGGGAAGCGGAAAGAAAGUCGAUUGCGGAAGGAACCAUGCUGCAGGAAUUCGUGCUGUCUGAGGAGAGGAUAGCCAAGGCUGGGCUGCUGUAG